GCUAAGCCCUCCCCGGGGCAGCUGAGGUGGAGGGUAGGGCCUUGGGAAGAAGGCGGUGGACUUGAAGCUUUUCUUCCAUUGGCCCACUGUUUUGAGCCCGUUGUAAGUUUCCUGGGCGCCUUUCCCAUUGGCCACCGCCCUCACGCGCGGCCCCGCCUCCCCGGCGAUGCUCUGCACCCAUUGGCUUCGGGAUAUUGGGCAGGGCGCCAGGCAGCUGGCGGUGACGUCAUCCCCGCGGGAGAAAGCCUCCCGGCUAGCCGGGGUUUGGCUGCUUGCGCCGCGCCGAGCCGGCGGCUGCAUGGCGGUCUGUGAGCGACUGGGCGGCAACGCCCUGCGGGAGCUGCUGGCCCGCACCCAGGGCGUGCUGUUCGAUUGCGACGGGGUGCUGUGGAACGGAGAACGCGCCGUACCAGGCGCGCCGGAGCUGCUGGAGCGGCUGGGCCGCGGCGGCAAGGCGGCGCUCUUCGUGAGCAACAACAGCCGGCGCUCGGUGGAGGAGCUGGCGGCCCGCUUCGCGCGCCUCGGCUUCCGCGGCGUGGCGGCUGAGCAGCUUUUCAGUUCGGCUCUGUGCGCGGCCCGCCUGCUGCGCCAGCGACUGCCAAGGCCCUGCCCACCUGGCGCAGUCUUCGUGCUAGGUGGCGAAGGGCUACGUGGAGAGCUGCGGGCUGCGGGCCUGCGCCUGGCCGGAGACGAGCCGGGGCCCGUGCGUGCCGUGCUCGUGGGCUACGAUGAGCACUUCACCUUUGCAAAGCUGAGCGAGGCUUGCGCCCACCUGCGCGACCCUGAUUGCCUUCUGGUGGCUACCGACGUGGACCCGUGGCACCCGCUCAGCGACGGCCGCACCACCCCCGGCACGGGGAGCCUGACGGCGGCGGUGGAGACGGCGUCGGGACGCCAGGCCUUAGUGGUGGGCAAGCCCAGCACUUACAUGUUCGAGUGCAUCACGGAGCGCUUUGGCGUGGACCCGGCCCGCACGCUGAUGGUGGGCGACCGCCUGGAGACGGACAUCCUCUUUGGCCACCGCUGCGGCCUGACCACCGUGCUCACCCUCACCGGCGUGUCGAGGCUGGAGCAGGCCCAGGCCUACUUGGCUGCGGGGAAGCCCGAGCUGGUGCCCCACUACUACGUGGACAGUGUCGCAGACUUGAUGGCGGGGCUCGAGGCCUGACCAGAGUCAGGAGAGAAGCGCGCCCAUUUCGUUCCCACUUCUUGUCCCCUGCUCUUUCCCAGUGUGGUCACAAGGGCCCCUUCCGGUCCCGCAUUGUGAGCCAGUGUGGACGCUUCCCUCCCCCGGGCCCAACAAACACUCGCGCGCACACGCGUCUCCACUUUGGGGAUCAGCAGGCCAAGCCCUGCCUCCCAGCCCCACAAGGAACCCGGUGAUCCCUUCCUCUCGGUCGGUGAGGUGUCCUCCCUCCAUCACCCCCUGCUUCCCUGUGUCAGGUGCCACUUCCCUCAUGGCAGCAUCCUCUCCCCCUUCUCUCAGCCCUGACUUGGUUGAUGCUGCCUUAACUUUUCUUCCUCCUCCCCACUUUCUUCUUGACCAGAGCUAUGCCUCUGGGAGCAAGAGGCACCUCAGUUUCCUUCUCUGUAAACAAUGAAGGUGUUGGACUGGAUGACCUCUGAGGCUCCCUCCAGCUGGGAUCCUGACUGAGGGAUCCUGUGAACCCCAACCCUCGCUUGGAACACUCUGCGCCAUGAAUUCCCCAAAGCCCUCUUCCUGUCUGCUUCAGGGGCUUCCCUUCACCCAUACACGUGCACUCUCCACUGGGUUUAGCUUGGGGUCCUGGAUCUGAAUGAGCCCAUCGGCGUGAUUCAGAAGAGCAUCAACUAGUACGGGUCAUGGAGUCUUGUCUCCUAAGGGACCAAUCCAAAACCUGCAAUCCACAGAAGUUCCAGGUUCUAGUGGGCCAAAGGGAGGGGAUGCCCCGAGUGCCAAUGGACACAAGCCGAUGCUUUUUGAGGGCUGGGUGCAUCCAGCCUAGAUUUUAAGUGGAAGGAAGACCCUGCUCUCCAGGGGCUGCGAUGGACAUGGUAGGGCCCUCGGUCUCUUUCCCUGGUGCUGUGGUUGUGCUCUCCUUCCCAGCCCAGUAUUUAUUUGUUUACUAAUUUAUUAAGGUGUUAGGAUGCUCCAGGAGGGGUCAUCAUGGCCUCUUUACAUGUGCCCAACAUGUAACAUCUCCCCCACAGAAAAUCAGUAUGGAAUAAAAAAGCCUGGAAUCUC